AUGGGCACGGAUGACCUCCCGGACGCUUACAGAGGUCUCCCGGUCUUGGAUGAGCGCUUGCCUUUCUCCGUUGUGGCCAUUUGGGUGCCCCACCGCGGUUGGCGCUACACCGUCCUGUGGGGCCUGGCCUUCGGUCUGGAAAGCGCUGUGGUGGCCUUCAACCGUUUCCCGCAGCUCGGAGUGGCAGCUGCCCGGCGAUGUACCUAUGCUCUGGCCGCGGCCUAUUUCGAUGACGAGCUCUCGGUGGAGACCGUGCUUGACGCCAACAUUUCGCAGCGAGGGCUUUUCUUGCUCUUCACUGGGUGCUCCACCACAGCCGCCGAAGAGUUUCAGCCCGGCAAACUUCGGGGUGACCUGACCUGGAUGUUCACAAUGGUUUCCGGUCACAUGGGGCGUCUGGCGCAGCCUAUCAUAACCAAGUACCAGCAUGCUGCCAAUGAGAGCCUGCAAGACUGCGAUCGGCUCACUCUGCAAUUGCUGGCUUUGGUUGUUCGGGACCACAGUCCGCGCACUGUCACAGUUUGCGGCCCGGAGCGUCGACCUCUGGUGAUCUAUUCCGAUGCCUCCUUCGAAAAAGGCUCUUUGCGGCUUGGAUGGGUGGUGAUGGACCCGGACGACAUCGCGGCCUGCGAGUUGGACCCUUGUCCGCUGGACUGCAUCCUGGAGGAGCGAGCGGGAUUUCCAAUGCAAGACCUGAUCCGUUCAAGACUGGGCUGCCUGGUCCGGCUGCUCCAGCAGCUGCGGCAACGGCACCCACACCCGGAGCCGGUCUCUGACCUUUGCGGCCUACGGGGGAAAGGCCGGAAUGCUGCCGGUGAGGCCGGUGAGGCGCCUGCUCGAUUUCAGGACAAGUACCGCCUGGGACGGCAGAUCGGCGUAGGCACCUAUGGCUUUGUUUACGACGUCCAGUCCCGCAGAGCUCCCCAGAUGAAGCGAGCUGCCAAGGUGAUCGGCAUCACAGCUUCCGAGGAAGCUGAGAGGAGGCUCAAGUCCUUGCAACGAGAGGUGGACCUCUGGCACCGAGUUAGUGUUGCAGCAGGCGGUCAAGGCGUGGUGCAACUUUUCGAGGUCUUUGUGGGCCACGGCUUUUUGGCCGCAGUGAUGGAACAUUGCGGGCCAAGCCUCAUGGAUUGCGCUCCGGAGAUCUCCCGCAUGAAGGCAGCAGGCGUGGCGCACAUUUUCCGCGAGAUGCUGAAACCCAUCGUCUUCCUGCACAACUUGCGAAUUGUGCACCGCGACAUCAAGCCGGAGAACUUCCUCUUCUGCCACCAAAUCGACCGGUCUGAAGUAAAGCUUUGUGAUUUUGGCCUGGCUACAGAGAUGCCGACCAUCGGCUUGAGGUCUGGACGCUACGGCACUCUGCCGUAUAUGUCCCCAGAGAUGGUGGGAUACAGCGGGCAUGGCUUCCCUACGGACUUGUGGUCCUUUGGCGCCUCAGCGUACUAUCUGCUCUUCAACGAGUUUGCGUACGGCUUUCAGAAGAACGGAUGCCCCCAGACCAUGGCGGCCAGCAUACAGUCUGGCCAGCCACAGCCAAGGUUUUUCAGCUUGGCUCAGCAGAUCCGGACCACGAGCGGCCAGCAGGCCAUCGGCCUGCUGACGAGUCUCCUCAAGCACAAAAGCAAUGACCGCGUGAGCGCGCGGGAGGCGCAAAACCUGCCAUUCCUCACAAAGCGCUUCCGCACAGAUCCCCAGAAGUACCUUGCCGGCGAGUACAGGAGCCACUGCUGUAAGGAGCUCUCCACCUCCAUCGAGUUGUAA